AUGUCGGACAGCGACGCCGACAGCAAGGCGUCCCGCCUGGAGCCCGAGGUCCGCGACAUGAAGCUGGAGCCCGACACCCCUGCGGAGGACGGAGAUGCGGACGUCGUCAAGCAAAGCGUGGAAGAGGACGGGAAGGGGCGCGUCGCCGUCACGCCGAAUGGCCAUGCUGCAUCACCGGGCCAGGCCGCGGCGUCAAGAACUCAGACCCCCAUCAAGUCCGAAAGGAGCAGCGGCUCACCCGGCCAGGCUUCGGAGCGCGAGGAAAUCCUCGGUGGCGACAUUACCGUCAAGAUGGAGCCGGGCAAGGGCCCCAAGCUCGCCCGCUCCACGUCGCAAAAAGUCGUCUCGAGGCCGCCGCCGCUCUAUUUGGACCAUGAGAACAAGACCGAGGAAGCCAAGGAGACGUUUGAUGUUAUUGAGAGCUGCACCUAUGGCAACAAGUCCAUGGGUCAAACCGAGCACGCGCUCGAGUGCGACUGUGCCGAGGAGUGGGAUGCAGAGAGCAGGAAGAACCUUGCCUGUGGAGAGGAUUCCGAUUGCAUCAAUCGCGCAACUAAGAUGGAAUGCGUCGGCGAUUGUGGGUGCGGCCCCAAUUGCCAGAACCAACGUUUUCUCAGAAAGCAGUACGCCGACGUCACGGUCUUCAAGACAGAAAAGAAAGGUUAUGGACUCCGCGCGAACACUGACCUCAAGCCCAAUGACUUUGUAUACGAAUAUAUCGGAGAAGUCAUUAACGAACGGACAUUCCGCAACCGCAUGGUUCAGUAUGACCACGAAAAGAUCAAGCAUUUUUAUUUCAUGUCCCUGAGCAAGGGAGAAUUUGUCGAUGCGACAAAGAAAGGUAACCUCGGUCGUUUCUGCAACCAUUCCUGCAAUCCCAACUGCUUUGUGGACAAAUGGGUGGUUGGGGACAAAUUGCGCAUGGGCAUCUUUGCCGAGCGCCACAUCAAGGCCGGCGAAGAGCUCGUUUUCAAUUACAACGUCGACCGCUAUGGCGCAGAUCCGCAGCCAUGCUACUGCGGCGAAGCAAACUGCACAGGUUUCAUUGGAGGCAAGACGCAGACGGACAACGCUACGAAGCUGUCCCACGCCACAAUCGAGGCGCUUGGUAUCGAUGAUGAGGACGGUUGGGACACUGCCGUCGCCAAGAAGCCCCGCAAGAAGAAGAUUUCCGAGGACGACGAAGAAUACGUCAACAACGUGCAGCCGAAGUCCCUCGAUGAGGGCGGCGUCACUAAGGUCAUGGCCACGCUAAUGCAGUGCAAGGAGAAGUGGAUUGCCGUUAAGCUGCUGAGCCGCAUUCAGCGCAGCGACGACGAAAAGGUCAUGAACCGCGUCAUCAGGAUGCACGGCUACCAAAUCCUCAAGACCACUCUGAACACAUUCAUGGAUGACCAGAACGUCGCUUUGCAGGUUCUCGAGAUCCUCGACAAAAUGCCUCGGCUUUCGCGCAACAAGAUUCAAAACUCAAACAUUGAAGAAACCAUUGAGAAGCUACAGUCAUGCGAGGAUGAGAGGGUUUCGAGCAAGGCAUCUAGACUUCUCCAUGAAUGGAGCCAGCUUAAGAUGGAGUACAGGAUCCCCCGGGUCAAGCGCGAGCAAAACGGCCCUAGUGCUUACGACUCAAGAUGGGCUGAGCGCACCGAGCGUGUUUCGAAGGAGCGCUCAGCUUCUCCAGAUGCACCAAAGGGUCCUUCCAAUCGCAACCCUAUACCAGCUAGGCCUUUUCCAGGAGGACGAGGGCAAUUCCGCCGUCCCCCUCAUUUCAAUCCGCUGCCCCAUGGGUGGUUCAUGACUCAGGAUGCGGACAAGAGAACCUACUACUACAGUGCUAGUGGCGCGACUAGUUGGCAACGUCCUACAACCCCAGCACCGCAGGCUCCUGCUCCAUCUAAGGAGAAGACUCAUCAGCAAAAGCUUCAGGAAAUCAUUCGUGAGAUCACCGACGGUACCCCGAAAACUCAAAGUCCAGGAGGCAGGACUCCUCAGCCUGAAUCGGCAAAGAAAGAGAAACCUCCUAGCGAAGAAAAGUGGAGGUCCUACAGCGAGGAGAAGCAGAAGAAGAUAUACGAGAACACUAUCUUCCCGCAUGUUAGUUAUGUAUUGAACAAAUUCAGCAAGAAGCUUCCGAAGGAAGACUUGAAGCGCCUCGGCAAGGAAAUUUCGAAGAAGAUUGUCGCUUCCGACUACAAGCGCGGCCGUGUCGAGGACCCGACAAAGCUUUCGGAGAAGCACGUCAAAGAUAUUAAGAAGCACGUCCACGAGACAUUGGAGAAGGCGUGCGAAAAGAAGAAGAAGCUCGAUAAACAAAAAGUGGAUGGUUCGGGUAGCACCACCCCUCCGGGCGAUCCAGGUGUUGCAGGAAGCCAGGACAAUGAUAUGCCUGACGCGUCGGCAGGGGCGCGGGCCAAGGGUGAGACUUCAGAGGAUUCUCCUGGAAACUCGAGCAAGCGCAAGAGGCACGACGAGACUUCCGUCAGCACUCCAAUGGAUGGGGAGGACGAAUCGCCGUUCAAGAGGUUGAAAUCGACAGAUGUCGAUACUCCUCCCCCACCUCCUCCGCCUCCCCCGCCUGCUGACAGCACAACAUUCGACGAACAAGGCGACGCGAUCGACGAUGCAGACACCCCUGAUGCAUUUCAACAAGCUGCACUCGACUCAUUUGAGAAUGAGUCUUUUGAGCCACCCAUCCGAUACGCAACGGUUCGCGGUGCGCAAGCAAAGAACGAAAUUGGCGUGCAGGUGAACAGGGCUGUCAAGGCGGAGCUCGGAGACGUCUCGGGAGCGAAUGGCCAUCCCAGUCCGAUGCAGCUCGCUACGCCAUCAACCAACGACUCGUACGACAACUUCGACGGCAUGCACUCGGAUCGUCUUCGCCAUCUUGGUGUCGCUAACGGCAGGUGA